AUGUGCUCGAAAUCGACCCUCGAUGCGUUGCUGGAGCCGAAGGAUGGCGAAAUCGGUGAAGUAGACUUCGUUCUUCAGAAACGUCGUGUUGACGAAGCGUUCGAAGAACUUUUGGGCGAUUUGGAAACGUUCGAAAGGGUUGAGGGGCACCUACAGGAGCAGCAGCCAGAACUGUGGAAUCUGUUACUCGAACCAAUAACCUGUGGUCAAAAUUAUGAGAGUUUUCAGCAAACCUUGAGGAAGCUGGCCAACUCGGCUCCCCAGCAGCCACCGGAAGGACAAUCGAGCUUGCUGCACUGUAUCACUGGCAAGAUACGAGCCAUCGGCGAGAAGUCUCUGCUACGCCCCGGGAGCCCACCGGUACGGAUAAAGCACCGUUCCGAGCAAGAAUCACUGCACUGGGUGCGACUGAUAGCGCGCCAGGAAGCGGAAAUAGAUUCACUGUCUCGAAAGCUGGCCGAAGGCGAGCGAAAGGUUGCCGAACGGCGCCAGCAACGGCGUGACCUUAGGGUGCGAAGCGAUCGUGAGCUGGACGAUCAGUUGAACGCCUCGCAAGCGGACCUGGUGGAGUUACGUGUGGCCGGUGAUGGCCGGAUACAAGCGUUAGAGCGACAGCUGGCCGCUGAACCGGACUACAGCACCGUACCCCAAUAUCUGGCCAGCUUGGAGCAGGCGGACCAGAAGCGGAAACGGAUCGCGAAGCUCAUGGUGCAGCUGCAGUUGUGGAUCAAAAAGUACGACAAGUUUAUCGGCGAGCCGAUGAAGGCGUUGGAAGAGUUGGAAGAGCGCGUGGCUGGUCUGGAGGGCUGGAAAGCGACGGUCCUAGAGCCCCAGACGGACCAGCUGCGAGAGUUGCGCCAUCAAAUCGAGAGCCUUGAAGCGAUCGCUUUGCAGGAGAAGAUUGAGCAGAUGCGGAAGCUGCACGCGGUACGGAUUCUUCAACGGGCCUGGAAACAAACGUUGGAGCAGAAGCGGACCAAAACGAGCAAGAAAGGGACGAAAAAGGGCAAACAAAAGAAGAAGUAG